AUGACGAGAAUGCCGAUAUCUGCUUUCCUACUCAUUGUUCUCUUAAUCACUGAGGCCGUUGUGAGCCUGCAGCACAAAGGUCGUGUGUACAGCCGUGGGGAUGACGAAUGGCCACAAUCCGAUGACUCACUGUUGACUUACUCCGACGACGUCGUGGAGGAAUGGUCGAGGAGAGCAGAGAAGACCCUGAAUGACAUAAACGCCAUCCUGUCUCAGAAACUCUCAGAUACACAACGCCGAGAUUACUUCAAGCGCUAUCUCGAGACUCUCGACAAGAUGUUGAUUGGGGAGUUGGGUAAGGUGAAGAAGGCAACCAGACGGGCCUUGAGAAAGGAAGCAGGUAGUGAACGGCGAAAGAGAGGGGAGGGAGCACGGCAAGGCACUGUCAAAUUCGCUGACUUGAGUGAGAAUCAACAGCAAGAAAUCUUUGAUCAGAUUCUGGAGGACGUGAACAGAGAGUCGCUGGAGGAAUUGCGUGACGCGAAGAAAAAGUUUCUCGAUUACGGCAACACAGGCGGAAUGAGUCCCCUACAAUUCAUUGGCUUGUGA